ACCCGGAAGCGCUCUUAUUUCCCCUUCCGGCGAGCCCCGUAACUAUAGUGAAAGUGACAGUCGCGCGCUCAAGAUGGCGGCGCCCGCCACGACCAGGCUCCUGAGCGGGGAGGACGCGGCGGCGGCGGCCGAGGCCGAGCCCCGCCUCAGCAAGAACGAGCUGAAGCGGCGCCUGAAGGCUGAGAAGAAAGUCGCCGAGAAGGAGGCCAAGCAGAACAAGGAGCAGAGCGAGAAGGGCCCGCCCGCCCCCGACGCCGGCGCCGAUGAGGAGAGCCUGGACCCCAAUCAAUAUUACAAAAUCCGCAGCCAGGCCGUUCAGCAGCUGAAGGGAACCCCUGAAGAUCCCUAUCCGCAUAAGUUCCAUGUGGAUCUCUCACUUACAGACUUUAUAGAGAAGUACAACCACCUACAGGCGGGGGACCACCUGACUGACAUUACACUGAGAGUGGCAGGUCGGAUCCAUGCAAAACGUGCCUCCGGAGGGAAGCUGAUCUUCUAUGAUCUUCGUGGGGAGGGAGUUAAACUGCAAGUUAUGGCAAACUCCAGAAACUACAAAUCUGAAGAAGAAUAUGUGCACGUUAACAACAAGCUUCGCCGUGGAGAUAUUAUUGGGGUCCAGGGGAAUCCUGGCAAGACAAAGAAGGGGGAAUUGAGCAUCAUCCCUUAUGAAAUUACUUUGCUUUCCCCAUGCCUUCACAUGCUGCCUCACCUUCACUUUGGGCUUAAAGACAAGGAAACCAGAUUUCGGCAGAGAUACUUGGAUCUAAUUCUUAAUGAUUUUGUAAGGCAGAAAUUCAUAGUCCGUGCCAAGAUUAUCACCUACCUUAGAAGCUUUCUGGAUGAGUUGGGCUUCCUGGAAAUUGAGACUCCCAUGAUGAACAUCAUCCCAGGCGGGGCUGUGGCAAAGCCUUUCAUCACCUACCACAAUGAGCUGGACAUGAACUUGUACAUGAGAAUAGCGCCAGAACUCUAUCACAAGAUGUUAGUGGUUGGCGGAAUGGACAGGGUCUAUGAAAUUGGGCGCCAGUUCCGGAACGAAGGCAUUGAUUUAACACACAACCCGGAGUUCACCACCUGUGAAUUCUACAUGGCUUAUGCUGACUACCAUGACUUGAUGGAGAUAACAGAGCAGCUGCUUUCAGGGAUGGUGAAGCACAUCACUGGUGGCUACAAGGUCACCUAUCACCCUGAAGGCACCGAGGGCCAGGCCUAUGCAAUUGACUUCACCCCUCCCUUCCGGAAGAUCAGCAUGGUGGACGAGCUGGAGAGAGCGCUGGGCAGCAAGCUUCCUGCAGCGGAUCAGUUUGAGACUGAAGAGACUCGCCAAUUCUUUGAUGCUAUCUGUGAGGAGAGAGGAAUUGAAUGCCCGCCCCCUCGGACGACAGCCAGGCUCCUUGAUAAGCUGGUUGGGGAGUGUUUGGAAGUCACAUGCAUCAAUCCUACAUUUAUCUGUGAUCACCCCCAAAUCAUGAGCCCCUUGGCCAAAUGGCACCGCCUUCAGCCUGGGUUGACGGAGCGCUUUGAGCUGUUUGUGAUGAAAAAGGAAAUCUGCAAUGCCUACACGGAGCUGAACGACCCUGUUCGGCAACGGCAGCUCUUUGAAGACCAGGCCAAGGCAAAAGCUGCUGGUGAUGACGAAGCCAUGUUCAUUGAUGAGAACUUCUGCACGGCUCUAGAAUAUGGGCUCCCUCCAACAGCCGGCUGGGGCAUGGGCAUAGACCGCCUCACCAUGUUCCUGACUGACUCCCACAACAUUAAGGAGGUGCUUCUGUUUCCCGCCAUGAAACCUGAAGACAAGAAGAAGGAGGCACAGCCUAACUCCCCCACUGAAGGUACCUCAGUGUGACCCAAGAAGAUUGCAGAGAAGGAAAAGUGGGUGGGGAGAGAGGCUCUUGUGGCUGCAGACAGGCCAGGGCAAGUUGGCCUGUCUGCAGCUUAUUUUCCUAAUUGCAAAUAAAGAAGUUGUUCUUCUGUUCUUUUACUA